UCACAAGUUUUCCCCUUUGGCGCCAAAUUCCUCUUCCACUAUCAGUCUCCAACUCUCUUUCACCAGUCACCGGCGAGAUUUCCUCCGGCGAAGAAAACCCUAGCGAGCUUUCAAUCGCGGUUUUCUCGCCGACUAAUUUCUUCAAUUCCUCCUUCGUUCUCUACGCCUCACUUUAAUGUCGGAACGUGGCGCUAAACGCGCCAAAAUCACCAGGGGAGAAGAUGAUUAUAUGCCAGGAAACAUAACUGAGAUUGAGCUUCAUAACUUCAUGACGUUCAGCAAGUUGACAUGCAAACCGGGCUCCCGAUUAAAUCUUGUAAUUGGACCAAAUGGCUCUGGAAAGAGUUCUCUAGUCUGUGCGAUAGCACUUGGUCUUGGUGGUGAGCCUCAGCUUUUGGGGAGGGCUUCUAGUAUUGGAGCAUUUGUAAAACGCGGGGAGGAGUCAGGGUACAUCAAGAUUUCCUUGAGAGGGGAAACCAAAGAGGAACAGUUAAUUAUCACGCGGAAAAUAGAUACACGGAACAAAUCUGAGUGGAUUUUUAAUGGAAAAGCUGUGCCAAAGAAGAACGUAACUGAUAUAAUUCAGAGGUUCAAUAUCCAAGUCAACAAUUUGACUCAAUUUCUACCUCAAGACAGGGUUUGUGAAUUUGCAAAGUUAACUCCUGUUCAACUCCUUGAAGAGACUGAAAAAGCUGUGGGUGAUCCUCGGCUACCAGUCCAGCAUGGAGAUCUUAUUAGCAAGAGUGAGGAGCUGAAGAAGUCUGAACGAACUGUGAAGAGCGGCAGAGAGACAUUGGAUCAGUUGAGGGAAGUCAAUUCUCAACUUGAAAGAGAUGUCGAGCGUCUCCGUCAGAGAGAGCACCUCCUAGCACAGGCUGAAACCAUGAAAAAGAAAUUGCCAUGGCUGAAGUACGAUGCUAAGAAGGCUGAGUUUCUGGAAGCCAAAAGCCAAGAACAAGAUGCCAAAAAGAAGCUGGAUGAAGCUGCUGAGAGUUUGAAUGAACUCAUGGAACCUAUAGAGGAAAAGAAGCAAGAGAAAGCAGAACGAGAUGCUAAAUGCAAAAAAAUAAAUGGCCUGUUGGGUGACAAUGCCAACAAGCGUAUGAAACUUCUGGAUCAGGACAAUCGUUUGGAUGUUCAAGUGCGUGGAAAGUAUAAUGAAAUGGAUGACUUCAAGAAGCAAGAGGAAUCUCGUCAACUUAGAAUUUCGAAAGCUCAAGAAGAUCUUAGAACUGCCGAAUUGGAGCUUGCAAAUCUUCCUCCUUAUGAACCUCCUAGAGAUAAAAUUGAUGGUUUGGGUUCUAAAAUUUUGGAGCUGCAAGAUGCUGCAAGAGAACAAAGGUCUCAGAAAUCAGAAAUGGAGAGAUCCCUUGAUUGGAAUAGGACAGCAUUCAGGCAGUGCUCUGAUAAAUUGAAGGAGAUGGAGAAUGCAAACAACAAAAGAUUACGUGCUUUACAGAGUAGUGGUGUUGAAAAGAUAUUUGAAGCUUACAAUUGGGUUCAGGAGCAUCAACAUCAAUUUAAUAAAUCUGUAUAUGGUCCAGUUCUUCUUGAGGUCAAUGUUUCCAAUCGGAUUCAUGCAGAUUACCUAGAGGAUCACGUACCAUUCUACGCCUGGAAGGCCUUUAUAACACAAGAUGCAGCUGACCGUGACUUCUUAGUUAAAAAUAUGCGAUCAUUUAAUCUUCCUGUUUUAAAUGUAGCAGAUGAACGUCCGAGCCGUGUUCCCUUUAAAAUUACUGAGGAGAUGCGUAUGCUAGGCAUCCAUUCAAGGCUUGACCAAGUCUUUGACGCUCCUGAUGCAGUCAAAGAAGUUCUAAUCAACCAAUUUGGGCUGGAUUCUUCUUACAUAGGCUCACGUGAAACUGACAAGAGAGCAGAUGAGGCGUUGCAAUUGGGCAUCUUUGAUUUAUGGACCCCUGAAAAUCAUUACAGAUGGAAAAAAUCCAGAUAUGGUGGUCAUGUUUCUGGCACAGUUGAAUCAGUGGAACACUCUCGCCUUUUGCUAUGCAAUGUGGAUGCGGGGGAAGUUGAGAGGCUCAAGUCCCAGAAACUUAAGUUGGAAGAAGCCAUUUCUACAUUUGAAGAUAAUCUCAGGGCAGUUAAAAGUGAAUUGAAGAACAUAGAGGAUCAAGGUGCCAAACUCGAAAAGCAACGGGAAGAGAUUAUAAAUGAGUCACUACUUGAGAAGAAAAGAAGGCGUGAGAUGGAAGGCCGUGUCAGGCAGCGUGUGAUAAACUUGAAAUCUUUGGAAAGAGAGGAUGACCUGGAUAGUAUAGCUGCAAAGCUUAUUGACCAGAUUCAAGCUAUGAAGAUAAAGAGAUUUCAACUUGCAUUGGAACUCAAGAAUUUACUUAUUGAUGCUGUGGCUCACCGAAGAAAUUAUGCUGAACAUAACAUGGCAUCCCUUGAACUUGGGCUGAAGAUUAAAGAGAUGGAAGCUAAUGUGAAGCACCAAGAAAAAUUUGCUAUGCAAGCAUCUCUGCAUUAUGAGUACUGUAAGAAGGAGACAGAGGAAUGCCGACGGCAACUGGAAGCUGCCAAGAGGCAUGCAGAAUCAGUAGCCAUUAUAACUCCAGAACUAGAGCAGGCUUUUUGUGAGAUGCCAUCUACAAUUGAGGAAUUGGAAGCGGCUAUCCAGGACACCAUUUCUCAAGCCAAUUCCAUUCUUUUUCUGAACCAUAAUGUUCUAGAAGAGUAUGAAACACGUCAGAAAAAAAUAGAAUCUCUUUCAAAGACUCAAGAGAUGGAAGAAGAGAAAUUAAGCAACCUCAUUGAUGAAAUCAAUGCUUUAAAGGAAAGGUGGCUACCAACAUUAAGAAGUCUUGUUUCACAAAUCAACCAGACUUUUAGCCGCAAUUUCCAAGAAAUGGCUGUUGCAGGAGAAGUUUCAUUAGAUGAGCAUGACAUGGACUUUGACAAAUAUGGGAUACUAAUUAAAGUCAAAUUCAGGUAAUUACGGCUCUGAUUCCCCCUUACUUACUUGAUUAAUUGAGGUUUUGUUGCC